AUGGUCCUAGGCAACAACAACGGAACCAGUGGUGCGAUCAAGCGCCCAAAGCUCGGCCGCCACCCUGCUGCAGUAAGCGGGAAGACAGCAGCCAAGUGGUCUGACGACUCGUUUGAAAACGUCAAGAACAAUCAAAUGCGCCGCGAUGCGUAUGAAUUACUUGCUGCCGAACUCUCCGUGGAGGUGGAUCAAGUAUUAAGCGCAGAACAAGUUCAAAACAAGCUACACGAGGUGAAGAAAAAGUGGUUUAAUCCAAAGGUCAUGGCGACUGGCAAUGGUUCGGCUGUCCGUACGAAGCCCCAGUACUUCGACAUUAUGUUUGAGUAUUGGGGUACCAAACUUGGUUACUCACACUCGUCGCUGUUGUCGUCCGACCCUGACGUUGAUGUCGACGGCGAGGUUUCCACUCUGAGCUUAGACGUCGGUAGUGAUUCGGACAGUGUCCGGGUGCAGACUCCGACAUCGUCCCCCCGGAGACGAGAAAUGCAAAGCCAUCAACUGUGGUGCCCACGAACAUCGAGAAGGAGCUAUUCUCUGUGA